AUGAUCCGAUACAAGGCUAAUGCCGUGUCUCACGCCCAGGAACUCCGUCACACGCCACUUGCAGGUAUGUUCAUGGACGAGGUUCCUAUCGCAGAGCGAUCGCCGGCAGGGAGGAUAUUACAUCUCCAUAGUGUCUCACGCCAACAGCAGAGCUUGGACGGGGUCAAAAGUACUAUCGAGAUCAAGAUCGAUCGAUCAAAUAUACCCAAGUUUUCCGCGGACCCUGAGAUGCAAGAUGCAAGAUUAAUUAUUCAGUGGAUCUGGGAAGAGUACUCUGUUGAUUUCAAAAAACCUAAGAAUAUGGGGACACGAGACCUCGCUAAAUCGCAGUCCAAUUUCGCAGACGACUCCAUCGUUGAUGCGCAAGACUCCAUCGUUGAUGCGCAAGACUCCGGAGCGUCGGAAUUGCGCAGCAAACCAGGGGCAUCGGUUUGCAGGAUUCUGUCCAGCAACAGGGCCCACUCAUUGCCGAUCGACCUCGUCACACCAAUCGAACCUCGUGCGGAAAUUGGGAGCUCCAUACUGCAUCCCACAUCCCACCACGUCCAUCCCGAGGGCGUUUCUAGCCUUCCUGGCCGGCAUUUGAUCCCCAUCCCACUCCUUCUCAUUGGGCUUGCCUUGACCGACUGGGGCCUGGCGCGGCGACCUCCCGAACCUUCCCAAGAUAGAAAACAAAUAACUGGAAAAGAAAGAGAGAGAGAAACGCCUAGCGCGAGAGAGGCCGCUGCCAUGGCUGGCCACAGAGACAUUCGGUCAUGUGGACCCUCUAUGCGUCAGGCCCGUCUGAAAUACCUGCGCAACCAUGCACUGGACGUUGGAUUCGGAGAAACGGUCGACUAG